AUGAGAUAAACAUUCUUUAACUUAUGAUUCCUUGUAUAGAGAAUACAGUAUCAAUAAAGCAGAAGGAAAAAUUCUAUCGGCUACCGGCUAUGCUGAUUGGUUCUUUUGUGUAUACGAACCAUGAUUUUACCAACUGCCUCCGAAAACACACACGCCCCUUCAUCAUUGUUUUUAACAUCACCUGGUUUAUAGUUUUGCCUCCUCCUUAGAUGAUUAGCCCGUAGCAAGGGCCGAUAUAAAAAUUCGGCACAACAGGCUGCCACAUUGAAUGCUGGAUUUCACAAAUAUUUUAAGGCCACCUAUGGAGAACAAAACACAGACCAGAAGCAGACAUGUGUUAGUAUGCCGAGGCACGAUUUCAUCGUCAGAUAUAAAACUGCCGUAUCCAACGCCGCAUGAAGAACCGUUUCAUGCCAGCUUUCUCGUAUAUGAGUGUGUUUAAGAGAGUAUCAUUACACAUUAUUGAUCACGCAUCUAUUUUGCGGGUAUUAUGACGAAUAGGGUUAUGGCUAAUAGAAAAAUAGUAUAAGUAGGUCCUUUACUACAUACGAUAUGAUCCAACAACAUUUCGAUUUUACCAUGAAAGUCUUUACACCAGUCAUCUUUGUAGUCUUUGCUGCUUCCGCCGUGAUGGCCGGACCUAUUGCCAAAGAAGGCAACGAGAAAGUUUCCAACAACCUC